AUGCCAAGGACAGUUUCAUUACUGGCUGGUGUGCUAGCUGUUGCUGCAGUGACGUACAAGUUGCGCAUUGACGUUACCAACAAUACCAACAACAUUCGCAUGCGCUUGGACGAUGCAAAGACCACGCUCGAUCACGUUGCGGCCGGUACCGCUAGCAAGUCGCCCUCGCCUUACCAAUCGACGCGUCAAAACCUUUCUAUUAUUGGUGAAUCGAAGCGUUAUCUUACCACUCGUCUUGUGCCUACAGUCAAGGAACAGUGGAAUGAUCAAGUGGCCGAUGUAGCACAUCGUAUCAUCCAUGCUGAUGUAUCUGGACGUGCCAAAAAGAUGUGGGAUGAGAAUGUAGCACCCAACUUGAAAUAG